AUGUAUUUGACUACAACUCGCCCUGAUAUCUCUUUUGCCGUCAACAAAUUGUGUCAAUUCUCUUUUGCACCUCGCAAACCUCAUCUUCAUGCUGCUCACAAGGUUCUUAACUAUCUCAAAGGCAUGAUUGGUCAAGGCUUGUUCUUUCCUGCCGAUGAUGAUUAUCAGCUUAACGCCUUUUGUGAUGCUGACUGGUCUAACUGCCUUGAUACUCGUCGCAGUAUCACCGGAUCAUGCAUCUUCAUUGGUCAAUCUCUCAUUGCCUGGAAAUCAAAGAAACAAGAUGUUGUUUCUCAUUCCUCAGCAGAGGCUGAAUACAGAGCAAUGUAUACAACAUCUAAGGAUAUUCUUUGGCUCUCUCGCAUGCUUGCUGAGUUGGGCUGUCCUUCUCCUUCUACUCAUGUGAUGUAUUGUGACAGUAUUGCUGCUUUGCACAUUGCCAAAAAUCCGGUCUUUCACGAACGCACUAAACAUAUAGAACGUGAAUGA